GUUAAUACAUCUUCAAACUAAAUCUCGAUUCCACGCAUCCCAUUUAGCUACAGAUCUUAAAGUUCCCUUAUUCGUUUUUGCAGUUUCGUUUUCAAAAAAGCUUUGAAGUGAUUUGUGCCAUCUCAGUUCUGUUUUCUGGUUGUUUCUUCGUUCCCUCUUCAUACCUUCUGUGGUUGCAUCGGUUGUCUUCAGAGUGAUAAGAAAUUUGUUGAUGCUAGAAUUUUCGAGAUACAAUCCUUUACCACUGUGAAGAUGUUUCGACAACAGAAAUUAAGCGUUUCCUCGCGACCUCAUUUGACAACAUUAGUACAUUCAACAGUGUCACUCUCGAAUUUGAAACAACUGUCUGUAAGCGAUUGCCAUGGAUUAAAGUACUUAUUUACAUCCUCAACUGCAAAAAUGUUGGUGCACCUUGAAGAGUUGUGCGUAGUGAAAUGUGGAUCAAUGGAAGAAAUAUUGGCAAAAGAUCUAAGCGAAACUGCAUCAGAAGGCAUAAGAUUUGAGCGACUUUCAACAGUAAUUCUAGAUUCUUUAUCAAGGCUGUCAUGUUUUUAUUCUGGCAAUGGCACUCUACAUUUAUCAUCUCUGAUAAGAUUGCUCAUAUGGAAAUGCCCCAGAAUGGAGAAUUUCUCCAAAGGAAACAUAGAUGCACAAUCUUUUAUGGGAAUUCAGGUCUCGUUGGAUCCAGAAGAAGAUUUGCUCUUUCACCAAGAUCUUAACACCACUGUGAACCAGAUGUUCGAACGUGGGGAGUUUCUUGAAGCUGUGGAUGAAGAGUGUUUCUCUGAUAAUCUUCAGCUACAAUCAUACUGGCAUGGUAAAGUUGGUCUCCAAAAUAAAUGGUUGUGCAAUUUGGGAACGUUGAAGCUUCACAACUGUACUCUAUCCUAUGCCAUUCCCACUAGCAUUUUUCCUUAUUUAAACAACUUAAGAGAGUUGGAAGUACUUGAUUCCGACAAAGUAGAGGUAAUCUUUUACAUGGAUGACAAUAACAUAUGGAAGCACCAUCCCAGCUAAAGAUACUGACUUUGAAAUGGCUAUCGGAGCUGACACAUAUUUGGAAAAAUAACAGUCAAGAAGUUCUGAGCUUUCCAAAUUUGCAAGAGAUCGUUGUCCGUGGUUGUGAAAAAUUGAAAAGUUUACUUCCUGCUUCCCUGGCAAAAGCCCUUGAGAAGUUUGAGAAACUUGAAAUAGAAUCUUGUUAUGAACUUCAAGAAAUCGUUGCAAAGGAAGUAGACACAUCAGCAAACGUAGCAGAAAAGUUUGUGUUCCCUAGCUUAAAGAAGUUGGAUCUUUGUGACUUGCCACAUCUCACUUACUUUCACAAAUUCACUCUUCAGAGCCCUACCUUAAACGAAUUAUCUGUGUUGGAUUGCCAUCAGCUGGAGUUAUUUCAAAGUGCACAUCACACGGGUGAGAUUGAAGAUACAAGUGCUCCAACUAACCCACAACCUCUUAUCUCAAAUCUAAAGGCUAUUUCCAACUUGAAGAAACUGAGACUUGAUUGGAAACACAUUUCAGCAUCAAGCUUAAGGUUUAGGUCUGAGAAAUUUGCAGAAGGCCUCAACUGUUUAGAGAAAAUUACCUUGUUCUUUGAUGCUGAAGAGAAUGAGAAGGCUAUGUUGCCCAUUGAAAUGCUACAAAUGGCACCCAAUUUAAUAGAAAUGAGCAUAAACUGUUGCAGUGAUACUGGUAUAUUUAUUGCUCAACACCCUGAAAUUAGUGGAAAGGGGACGCUUGGACAGUUAAAAAUAUUGACACUUUCUGAAGUAUCAGUGCUCCAGUCAAUUGAAUCAGACCACCCUUCAUGGUUAAACAUCAUCUGUGAGAAGCUGCACGAAUUAAAUGUUUCUGAAUGUCCUCAUUUGAGAACAUUAGUACAUUCUACUUCUGCAGUAUCUUUCUCUGAUCUAAAAGAAGUGUUUAUAUCCAAAUGUUUGGACUUGCAGUAUUUACUUACAUCCUCAGCUGCAAAGAGGUUAAUGAACCUUGAGAAGAUCACAGUGAAGGAAUGCAAAUCACUGAAAGAAAUAGUGGCUAAAGAAGGAGAUGAAACUUCAGAAGGCAUUAUGAAAUUUGAUCUACUGAACACCAUUGCUCUUGAAUCUUUACCUAGUCUGAUAUGUUUUUAUUCAGGAAGUGACACUCUCCUUUUACCAUCUUUGAUCAAUGUGCAUACAAGGGAAUGCGCCAAUAUGAAAUAUUUCUCCCGUGGAGCCAUUGGUGCUAAAUUCUUUCCAGAAAUUCCGAUGUCAUUGUAUCCUCAUGAAGAUUUUCUCUUGCUCGAAGAUCUUAACGCCACUGUAACGCAGGCAAAUGAAGAUUUUCUCUCGCUCCAAGAUCUUAACGCCACUGAAAAAGGGGUGUCCCAAGCACAGAAGGCCAAAGACGGAGGCGUAGUGGGAAUCGACCUUGGCACAACAUACUCGUGUGUUGCUGUAUGGAUUAAGGGUCGAGCGGAAAUCAUUUACAACGAACAAGGCAAUAACAUCACUCCUUCUUUUGUUGCUUUCACAGACCACAAUAGGUUAAUUGGUGAUUCUGCAAAAAAUCAGGCUAUCGCCAACCCAGAGAACACUAUCUUCGAUACUAAGAGGCUAAUUGGUAGAAAAUAUACCGAUCCCGUUAUUCAAGAAGAUAAGAUGUUUUGGCCAUUCAAGGUUGUUGCUGGUAAUAAUGAUAAACCUGUGAUUGUGGUUAAGUACAAGGGUCAAGAGAAGCACUUUUGUGCUGAGGAAGUAUCAUCUAUGAUUCUGGUGAAGAUGCGGGAGAUUGCAGAGGCCUAUUUGGAAACAACUGUAAAGCAUGCAGUUGUUACUGUGCCUGCUUAUUUCAAUGACGCUCAGCGGAAAGCUACCAUAGAUGCUGGCGCUAUUGCUGGUUUUAAUAUUUUGCGAAUAAUCAAUGAACCUACUGCUGCAGGUAUUGCAUAUGGCCUUGACAUGAGAACCGAUCAUGUUGGGGAGAGAAACAUUUUAAUAUUUGACCUAGGUGGUGGUACUUUUGAUGUGUCUCUCCUCACAAUAAAAGGUAAGGUUUUUCAAGUUAAGGCUACAGCUGGAAACACUCAUCUUGGAGGAGAGGACUUUGACAACAGAAUGGUGAAUUACUUUGUAAAUGAGUUUAAAAGGAAAAACAAAGUGGAUAUUAGGGGCAAUCCAAGAGCCCUAAUGAGAUUGAGAAGUGCAUGCGAGAGAGCAAAAAGGACACUCUCUUAUGCAGUGACUACACUGAUUGAGAUAGAUUCUUUAUUUCUUGGCAUUGACCUCUGUUCUUCAAUCACUCGUGCAAAGUUUGAGGAACUCAAUAGAGAUUUAUUUACAGGGUGUAUCGAGAUAGUAGAACGUUGUCUUAGUUAUGCUAAUAUGGACAAGACCAAUGUACAUGAUAUUGUACUUGUUGGCGGUUCUUCUAGGAUUCCCAAAAUACAGCAGCUAUUGCAAGACUUUUUCAAAGGAAAGAAUCUGUGCAAGAGUAUCAAUCCUGACUUCGCAGUUGCUAGUGGUGCCGCUAUACAGGCUGCAGCUUUGUUUAGAGAAGACACUAAGAAUGUUCCAGAGUUAGUGUUGUUGGAUGUUACACCACAGUCAAUUGGGAUAGCCGUAGAAGGUGAUCACAUGAGUGUGGUGAUUCCUAGGAAUACAACUAUUCCUGUAGUAAAGAAACAAACAUACAAAACAUCUAAAGAUAACCAAACCGCUGUUCGGAUCGAUGUGUAUGCGGGUGAGAGAACAAAAGCCAGUGAUAACAAUUUACUAGGUUCGUAUGUUCUGUCUGGUUUUCCUCCAACUUCACGUGGCUACCCUUAUGAUGUGUGCUUUGCCAUAGACGAAAAUGGUAUCCUAUCCGUUUCUGCUGAGGAAAGAAGAACUGGCAAUAAGAACCAGAUUACCAUAACCAAUGACCAAGAAACUGGACUAUCCACAAAGGAAAUUAAAAGAAUGAAUGAAGAUGCAGAGAAAUACCAAACUAAAUAUAAGGGAUACCGUAGAAAGGCCAGAGUUAAAUUAGCUUUGGAAAAAUACGUAUACAAGGUGCGGGAGGCUUUGAAGAGAGCAACAUAUUCAAAGCUUAGCUCAGAAGAAAAAGAGAAGACAAUUUCUGCAAUUACUAAAGCCACAAAUAUGAUACGUGAUGAACAUGAAGUAGAGGUGUUGGAGGACUGUCUGAAAAAGCUUGAAAGCCUCCUUGAAGACAUCCAGGGAAAAAUUGAUCCGUACUUGCUGGUUUAAACUUUGUUAUAUAUUGUUGAAUAAAUUUUCAA